GUAAACAAGCCCACUAGAAACAGAAGUGAAAGUAGAAUCGCAAAGGUUGAUAUUUAUAGAUAAACACCACUGUGAUAAACAUUUGAGAACAGUGGCAUGACAUGGAACCUAUGUUCAGAUGAAAAGUACUUAUUACAAGCAUGGAUUGGAGAAAUACAGCAGUGGAAGUUGAUUUGCCAAAUGGUGCAUGUUAUCAGGCUUCAAUUAAAGAUAUAACAGAAUCUGGAAUUCUUGUUGUUUUUAAAGAUGACUUGAAGCCAGAAACCAGUGUAACAUUUGAAAAAGUAAAACUGUUUCCACAUCAACGUGAAGAGAGCUUUGAUUUUAAACAAGGGGACAUAAUUCAGGUUUAUUCAAAGGAUGAUGAAGAUCAGAUUGAAGGAUGGUGGAAAGCUAAGAUUCAAGUUUUAAAGAGAGACAACUGUUUUAUAGAAUAUAUAGAUAGAGAUGGCAUGGAUUUAGUGAAGAAGAACAACAUUCGCCAAGUAAAGCAGGGUGAAUUUUUUAGAAAGCUUAUAGUGAAAGUACCGAAACAUCUCAAAGCCAUUUGUGAAGAAGCUGGAAUACAUUCAGAAUUCAUCAAACAUUCAGGUGUACUUGCAGUAAUAUACAGUCGAGCAUCAUCAUCCUUGAUUUUUGUAUCUACAAGUGAAGAUUUAAACAAAAAGGCUGAACUUCUAUCAGAUUUACAUGUGAAGGCACUAAAAGAAAAGUUACAACAGAGACAAUAUCAGAAAAAGCACAAGCAUACAGAAACUUUCAUGGUUUCGUCAGAUUUAAUGGGACUAGCCAUUGGUACCAAAGGUUCUAACAUCAAGAAAGCUGAACGUAUGAAAGGCAUUGGGUCUGUUACUAAAGUGGAAAGUGAAGGUGGAUAUCUUUUUAAAAUUUGUGGUGAGUCCCCAGAAGCAGUUAAACAAGCUAGAGGUUUGUUGGAGUUCAAGAAAGAGCAACUAACAGUACCACACAAUUUAGCAGGGCGUAUAAUUGGCAAGGCUGGACAAGCAAUAGAUGAGAUCAUAAAUAAAUCAAUGGUAGACAGAAUUAUCAGGCAAACUGAACCAGAUGGUGUUGUCUUCAAUAUAAUCGGUACACCAGAAUCCAUAAAAAAUGCAAAAAUGUUGCUGAAUUUUAAAUUGGAUGCUCUGAAGAACACCUUCAAUAGCAAAAGAGGUGUUGAAGAUACUGAAAGGAGUGAAGUAUUGUCAGAUGAUGAAAAUUCUUCUGAUUUUAUCGGCAUUGAACAAAUAGAGCAAAUCUGUAGUCAACUGGACUUACCAAACAGAGGGAGAGGGAAUAGAGCAGGAAGAGGAGGCAGGGGAGGGAGAGGUAGUAGAUUGAGAGGAAGUCAGAGGGGAAGAAAUAAUCGACAACAAGCUGAAAACACACAAAAUCAAAAUAAUAUGAGAUCAAAUGUCAUUCAGCAAGAUGUCAGAACUACUACUGGAAGAAAUGAUAGAUAUCUACAUGAUUCUUUAUCCAAAGAAUUGCCUUCAAAUUCUGGAGAGUCUUCAGAUGAAAAACAUUCUUCUGCUUCCAUCAAUAGUGAACUGCAAAAUCCUCAUCACCAACAACAAAAUAGAGGCAGAUGGAAUGGUAAUAGUUCAGGAAGAGGAGGCAGGAGAGGGAGAGGAAGUAGAUUUAGUGGAGAUCAUAGGGGAGGAAAUAUUAACCAACAAGCGGAAAACGCACAAAAUCAAAUUAAUAGGAUAUCGAAUGUCAUUCAGCAUGAUGUCAGAACUAACGUAAGAAAUGAAGGAUAUCUCAGUGAUUUUAAAACAAGAGAGUUGAUUGCAGAUUCUGAGAAUUCAUCAGAUGACACACAUUCAUGUACUUCCAUCAAUAGUGAACAACACAAUCCAGUUCACCGGCAACCAAAUAGAGGUAGAUGGAAUGGUAAUAGACCAAGAAGUAGAGGAAGAGGAGGUAGAUAUAGAGGAAGGCAGAAGAGUGGAGAUAAUCAGCCAAAUGAGGGUCAAAGUGUACAUCUGGCUAGGGUAAAUCAAGAGAAAGAGGGUGGAUGUGGAAAGUAUGAUGAUUUUAUUGCUGGAACUUCUCAAUCUAAACAAAUAGAGGUAGAUGAUAAUGUUAGAAGUAUUGCUUUUGAACAAAGUAGUGGUGGAGUGAGACAUAAAGAUACUAGGAACAAACCUAGAGCCAAAGAUACUGGAACAAGUUCAGACGAAGCAUCUUUUCCAAAAUAUAGAGAAGACAGGACCAAUAAAAGGCAUCAAGGUCGAAGAGAAGGUUAUGAGGAUAGUGAUGAAUGGAUACAUGAUGAUAGUCUUUCUCACUCUUGUGGAAAUUCUCAUACACAAUCUGGGAAAACUUAUACCGAAAGAACGAGAAAAGAUUCAAAUUCUUCAAUCAGAGGAAUUGGCGUAAGAGAGAGGAAAGGAAGUAGGACUAGAGGAGGAUCAGGACAAAGACAUCAUCAUCAACACAAACAUCAGAUGACAGAUGAUUCAGAUGAAAAUAUAAAUUCAGAUGUAGAAAUUAUGGAAGUUGAGUACCUCCACUUAUCCAGUGGUUUUGAUGAAAAGUUUUCAACAGGUGAAGAUGUUACAAAAUCAUUAGCAAAAUUUAAUGCCUUACUAGAAGAUACACCAAAGGCUAAAGUUCAGGUGGAAAGUAAAAAAAUGAAAGAGAAACCACUCAAAGAAGAAGCACUAGAUAAAAUAAAUGAAAUGGAGGUGCUCAAAUUCUUAGUUCAGACAUUUGGGAGUGGUUGUAGUUUUGGUCUUUUUGUCUGUACAGCUAAUUCAUUAUUUCCAUAUUGUGUUCGAAUGAAGGAAUGGUUUAAUACUAGAUCAAGAAAAUUUCAUAUUUACAGAGAUGGCCCAGAAAUUGUUUACAUUGGUCCUUUUUACAAGGACCUGAAUAUUUGCAAGCACUUUUUUAAUCCUUCAAAACCAACAAUAUGUGACAAUCAGAACUGUAACUUCUUCCAUAUAUGUAGGAAUUUUGUGAGAGGGAAUUGUAGAAGACAACAUUGCAGCUUUUCUCAUGACUUUGCUUCAGCUCUGAAUGUUAGAAUUAAAGAAAAAUAUGGACUUGAAGAUUUUACAGACUCUGAUAUAAUUGUCUUACUGAACUGGAAAUUUCCAAGAUUAUGCCCUCAUUAUAUAUAUGAACAUGGUGGUUGUAAAGACACAGAGAAUAAAGAGGAAGCCUGUCCAUAUCUUCAUUACUGUAAAAAUCAUUUCUUUGGUAAAUGUGACAGAGGUGAUGAUUGUAGGUAUAACCACUCAUUUUCAGAUUCUCAUAGUAGAUGGGUGUUAACAUCUUGCCAUCUAGCCAAUCAGAAGGAAGAUAAUUUGAAAAGAAUGAUUUAUGUGCCUCCUAAUUUGGAGAACCUCAAAGAACAGGUUAAUACAGAAGAUUUUUCAGUGGAUGACCUUUCUAGAGAAGAAACCAUUAAAUCUACAACUUAUCAACAUCAGACAGAUGGGAGAAGAAGGUUUAAACAUCUUUCAACAUCAGAGUCCAAGUUUAUUGGAAAUCAACCAACAAUACAGGAAAAAAUGGGAAUAAGAUUUUCAUUGUCUAGUGAAAUUACAGUCACUGAGGAUACCCCAGAAUCAGAUGAUAGUCUUUUGACAGAAGCUGCAGGGAAGAAACACAUCUGUUUAGCACUAACGAAGAAAGAAUGCCCAAGCUCUGUAUGUUCAGAUUUACAUUUAACGAAUGGUGUCCCAUACUUGUGGCAGGUGAAGAUGGAUAGUGAAUGGGUGUCAUUUCUUCCGAAAGACAACUUUAAGAUAGAAAAUGCCUAUUGCUCACUUGAACAGAAUGUACAUAUUAAGGAUAUUGUCUAUUCUGGAAACAUAUGUACAGUUCAUAUAAGCUUUGAGAUUGUAGAUGAACAUAUGUAUGGGAUUGUUUUUGAUACUACUGGUAGUGGUACUAAUAGGGUUGAUGUUAGACGUCUUAGUACUCCAUCCUUUGGCGAGAGAUAUAUGGCUGUAGAUUGUUAUCUGACACAAUGGAGAUGGUAUUGGAAAAAUGACUAUGGUAUUUGGUUAUGUUAUGAUACAGAUUUACAGACUUACACAUUAGAGGUGAAAUUUCUGAAAAAACAGAAGACAUACUUAUUUUCAAGAGAAAACUAUAAACAAAAGUAUCGAUUAUCCUUCAACUCAAUGGAACAGGUUAACUUGGAAUAUGGAACAACUAGAGUGCUCAUUAGACGUCCAUCGUUUGUUUCCAAAGAAGAUCUUCAAAAGAAAAAAUAUCCAAAGAAAAUUAUAAGUAAAGCAAUUGAACUCUAUGGUGAAGAUUCUAAACCAGCACAUUUUUAUCCAUGGGAUCUUUCUAACGAGUUUGAAUUGGUUGAAAUAGUCUCUUCAUUUACCAGCGAAUAUAACGAUGUUCUGAGUUCAUUCCAGAAGACCAUGAAUAUAGGAAAAUAUGAAGUCAGAUCUAUUUAUAGAGUCCAGAGCAGGAAACUGUGGUCAGAGUUUGAGACCAAGAAGAAACACAUGCAUGCUGAUGCAGAGAAAGAUAAUCCCACAUUUUCAUCAAUAGAUGAAAGAACUCUGUUUCAUGGAACAGAUUCUCUAGACGUUUGCAGAGGCAUAUGCAUAAACAACUUUGAUUUUCGAAAAAGUGGUAAAAACGCAACAGUUUUUGGAGAGGGAUCAUAUUUUGCGAGAGAUGCAAUUUAUAGUCAUAGUUACACAAAGGCAUCAUCAGAUUUUGGUGACAGAUACAUGUUCAGGGCCAAAGUUUUAGUUGGAAAAUUUACAGCAGGUAGCUCAAAGUAUCGCAGACCACCAGAAAUUCCAGGGCAGAGUCAUAAACUGUAUGAUUCUUGUGUUGACCACCCAGUAGAUCCAAAAAUUUUUGUCAUUUUUGACAGGAGUCAAAGUUACCCAGAAUACCUUAUCAACUACAGAGAGAAGGAUUAUGGUCUGAGAAGAAUUUCUUCAGGGACAACACAUACUUCAGUAUCAUCCUAUCCAUCAUCAACAGGAACUUCUCAGCAACCAAUUCAUCAAAGAAUGCCUUCAGUAAGUUCUGCCUACUCAUCAGGAGGAACUAGUUUAGGAGUUGCACAGAAACCAGUACAAUCAAGUAUGCAUUCAACAAGUUCUACUGCCUACUCCUCAGGAGGAACCAGUUUUGGAACUGCAACUAGAUUUAAUACUAAUUCUAUUUCAGCAUCAAACUCGCCAAGUGGAAGCAGUUCAGGGACUUCAUCAAGAUAUAAUCCUGUUUCUAAUUCAGCAUCAAGUAUGGGGAAUAAUUCAAGUUCAUCCGGUAAUCAACCAUCUUCAUCACAGAACUACACAAACACAAGUAGAAAACAGGAUAAAGAUUGUGUUAUCUUGUAAUGAUUUUAUAUACUUUCUUGAAACACCAAUUUUGUGGGAAAAUUCUGCUAGAUACAUGUUUUAAUGAGCUCAGUAGAAUUCCAAGUAAUGAUUUGAUUGUCAAAGGUGGAGGAAUUUAAUUUAUGUUCAUUUGUAAAGGAAUUUUAAACUGUCUCCUUAAUUUUCAAUAUUUGUAUAUACAUAUGAAUGAAAAUAAUAUUAAUCAACUGCAAGGUAACAGAAAUUAUCAAGUUGCAUAUUCUUACCUUUUUUUGUAUUCUUAGCUGUUUUUAAUCAGAUUUGAUUUCAAGCCAUAAUCGAUAUCUGAAAUAAUUGGAGAACUUAUUUUAUAAUUUAUUACAUUCUGUUUAAAAUGUUAGUCAUCAAUGUAUUUUUAAAAUCAACUAAAAUAUUAUCAAGAAAAUUUUAUGUUUGUUUUGAUUUACUUUCAUAUUUAAAUUACCAAUUUAGAUGAGAUUGUCAUUUAAGGAUAGCAAAACAAAAUAAAUCUGAAAAAAAUAAAAAAGAUACUUUAAAAAUUUCGAUUGCUUAAUUUUGACACAUUACACCAUUAACAACUGUCAUACAAGAUGAAGGUUAAGCUAGCUAUAAAACCUGGUUUAACCCAUCACCAAUUUGGCCUCGGAAAAUACCUGUACCAAUUAAGUCAGAAAUAUGACUUUUGUUUUCCAUUCUUUUCCCAUUCAUUGUAUUGGUUGAUAUAGUCUAAGGUUUGAUUUUGUCAGGUUUUAAGGACAUCCCCUUCCUUAUUUAUGUUAAUAUUUUUUUUUAUUUCAAUGAUCACAAUUAUUACAAAUGUAAUCAUUUAUUAGUCUCUAGCUUUCAAAGUUAGAUAAUCAAGUCAAAUUUGAGAUACUAUAUACAUAAACUUUUGCAGUCUAUAAUAGUAAAAUCUUAAAUAAAUGAUCUUUUUUUAUCCAUACAAUUGAAUAUAUGGAUAUAAGUUCAUCAGCUAAGCUCUCUCUUAGUGUUUCAAGUUUUAGAAUAAAUACAAGAUAAUUGAAGAUCUGCAAAGUGGUGAUUCCACUUAACUCUUGUUCACUCAGGAUUCUAAUUCGUCAAAAUUAUCUCCCCAUUACGCCAGUCAAUUUUUACAAUCGUAAAAAUGAAAGCCAUUGUAGGGAUGACACGCUGUCAUUUUAGCUCUUGAAAACCGAUAAGUUUAUCCACAUAGCACCAUUACGAUCCUUAUAUGCCAGUUGUAUUUUAAAAGACAAAUGUAUCUAUUAGCUAUUGAGCAUCAAUUAAUGUACUUUUCUGCAUUCAGUCAACUUAAAACUAUUGUCUGAUUGGUUGUCAGGUGGAAUUUUCGAAAGUUCAAAAACAUUUAAAAAAAUUCUAAUUAAAUAUUUCGUGGAAGGGCAGACUAAAAAAAUUCAGAGGUUGAAGACUAAUAACCCUAGAUAACAUGCACAAAAAAUGAAGUUUUUUUUAAAGUUAUGCAUUUUUAAGAUCCAGUUGUAAAGUCUGUCGUCAAGUACUUUUAGUAAAAUUUUGUUAUUCGAACACACCUACUCUGUUGUUAUUACUCAUUAGAAAAGUAUUUCACUUGACCCAUAUAUUUCAUUUUAAGUACUGUGAAUUUUCAAUGUUACUAAAUAUUAAAUCAACCUGUAGCCUAAAUAUAUAAAAAUAAUAGAAUCUGAAGCGAGGUGAUGUAUCAAAUAUUUUUGCUUUAUCCGUUUUAAGACAGAAAAGUUAAACUCAAACACGCCUGAACAUAAAAAGGUGCACUCGACUUUCUCUUUUCGAUGCAAUUAUUGCUCAUUUUUGGAUUUUUUUCCAAAAAAACUAUCGCCGGGGGCAAAGAUGCAAAUUAAUGCUUUAGAAAGAUCAAUCUAUUAUCUUUCUGUGGAAUUUUUUUCGGUAGAAUUUACGCCUAUGCACAUAAAAGAUCCACUAGGAUUUGAACCUGCCACAAUUGACUGUUUUAUAAAAAUUUGUCUAUAAUUUAAAAAUUUACAAAUAUCUUGAAGCUCCAUACUAUAAUUAAAGUAAAAACACGUAUAUAUAAUGCAUAAAAUCCUAAAUUAUGCACUUUUACUAAACUUUGUAAGCCCAUAGAAACCGAUGUAAAUGAUUCAAAUUUUGCUUUUUUACCUUCUCUAACAAAGAGUUCCAUUUCUUUUGUUUAAUUUCAUCGAGGUUUCCUGAAAAGCGCUUCAGACAUAUGAAAUUAUUUGAAGUGUUGUUUUGAUUUUUUAACACAAGUAAAUGUUAUUUGAUUUUCUUGAUUGUUUUUUAACUAUAGAAUAGCUAAGAAAUAGCAUUGAAUUAUAAGGCUGUAACUGUUUUAGGCAUCCUAAUUGGUUAAGACAUCACUUACGAGGACCUCCUGAUUUUACAAUGUACUGUACCAUAACUAUAUUUAUUGAAUUUCUUAAUAGGCCUUUUCCAUAGGAAAUAAACUUUCCACUUUGAAUCACCACCAUAUUUACCAUGAUACUGUUUACAGGCAUCUUGUGUGACAUGAUAAGGUCUUUGAUAUAAAUUUAGAUUGCAUAUUCUUGCUCUAAUAGUCUUAGUUAUUGCAUAUCACAUUUCUUUUAAAUUCUUUUGAAAUUACUUUUCUGGGCAUUUUUUGUUGUUAAACAAUUACCUAAAGCAGAUUGGUUUUGUGCAUUUUAUUGAAGUUUACCUUUAAAUGAUCAUAAUAAUGUUGUCUUAUAAACUUGUUGGGUUGCUGUGUCAUAAUUUCACCACAUUUUAUAAAAAGAUAAUUUUUUUUAUCAUUUUUGAUUUAUUAUUGCACAUCAUACUAUGAAUAUGAAAUUAUGAAUUAUCUACAUAUAGAUUAAGUGAUUUUUGUACUGUUACUGGAUGCAUGACAUUAUUUCAUAGAUUUAUGGAAUCAUGUUUUUUUUCUUUAAAAGAAAACAUUAUGUGUAGAUCAUUUUUAAUUCUUAUAAGAGGGAAAUUGAUAAAGGUAAUUUUUUUCCUCUAUUUUACUUGUUGUAGAACAUUAUAUAUAUAUUUUCAUAUUCUGCUAAUUGCCACAUGGUUUACAUUUUGUCAUGGAAAAUAAUUUUUUUCAUUAAAGAAAACAAGCAUUUGUCAAAGUUUACAGGCUUGCAAAUAAUUGAAAUACUGAAAUAUUGACAACAUGUUUUUUAUAAACAUAAAAGAUGCAACUAGUUGAGUACUGUAUAAUUAUAUAGAACAUAUAGUACUGAGAGCCAUCAGCAUACUUGUGUGUAGAUGUUCUAGAAUAAACAUUUUAUUUUAGUUGAGCUGAUUUAUUUGUUCAUUUUCAGCUGUUGCAUUAUUUAUUGUAUAAUUUAAGAAUUUACAAUAUUCUAUUUACAAAAUUUUGAUUUUUAUGCUAAUACAAUUUUGUUUAUCUGUUAUAAGUCAUUAUAAAACUUUACUAUGAUUUGAGUUCUAAACUAGUCAAAGAUCGUGCCAUAUAAUUCAGGUAUUUUUUUUUAUUUUCUGGAUUACAUAUGGAUCUUACUAAUAAUUAAAAGCUAGUCACCAAGAGCAAGAUAAAUGUCAUGAAAUGCAAUGAUUCUGAUAUCUUUAAGCUAAAGCUGGGCAUUCAGAAAUUCUAAAACAGUUACAGGUCAAGUUGUCAUUAUAACUUUCGAAAUUUAAGCCUGAAGGCACAGUGCAGCUCAAUUUUUGUCCAUUGCCAUGCUAGGAAUCUUGUUUGAAAUAAUUUCUAAAAAUAAUAAAAAAGAUCAAAGGCACAUUAUGUCUAAAGAGAUGAAUAUUGUUUCAAAAUUUAGUUUUCUUAAUAUAAAAACAAAAAUCACAAGCCAAAUUUGUGACCAUGGUACUUCGUUCAAUGGUCAAAGGUUAGAAAACAAUGUCACAACAGUGACAACACAUUGUUUGAUAGCAUUGUUUGAAUUAAAUGAUUUCUAAAAUUGCGAUAAUUAAACUAGCAUUUUUGUUCAUUGUUUAAAAAUUGCAAUAAUUAACGCUGGCAAAAAUUCUGAAAAUACAAAAGCUAAUUUAUAAGAAAGUGCUUCAUUAGAACUCAGAUAGAUCUAGUAUUACUGAAUAAAGUAUCAGUAUUUUUACAAAUAAUUCACCAGCAAUCUGAACUUUUAUUGGUUGCAGGAAAUGUUUGCAAGGAGGUGAUAUUUGCCUUCAAAUACUGAAAUACUGAAAAUUUGAGUUCAGAAAUCCUCAUAACUUUUGCUUAAAAUAUAUGAAAAAAUAUCUGGCAUUAACAAAUCCAAUCAAACUUUAAUAUGAUUCACAGUGAUUUGCAAAUUUGCAUAAAACAUAAUAAUUAAAUAGCCUCAAUUUUGUCAAAAAACAUUUGCCACAUAUAUGGACUGACUUAUUUUUUUUAAAGUUGUUUAUGGUAUCCAAAAUGCAUAUUUCAAUAACAAUUAUUUGUUCUUUUUAGGACUUUUUAGGAUGUCAAUGUUUUCCACAAGGAAAGAGACCCUUAAAAUGCAUUUAAACAUUAAUUCAGACUGAAGUAAAACAAUAUCACACUUUGAAAGCAUUUGAUAUAAAAUUGAGAAUGGAAAUGGGGAAUAUGUCAAAGAGACAACAACCUGACUAAAGAGCACACAACAGCUGAAGGCCACCAAUGGGUCUUCAACGCAGCGAAAUGGACGUCACCCUAAACUCAAAAACAUGUAAAUGAACUAAAAUUAAAAAACAUACAAGACUAACAAAGGCUAGAGGCUCCUGACUUUGGACAGGCGCAAAAAUGCGGCGGGGUUAAACACUGUUUAAGAUUGAUUAAGGACAACCAGCUGGUCCUACUCUUGUUCAACAGCUGUAAAAAAUUGUUUUCCAUUCUUAACAGUUACAUUAUUUUUGCCACACUUAUAUUUUGUUCAUGUUCUUAUAUUUUAUUUUUAUGCCCUACCUAGGAGCAUUAUGUUUUUCGGUCUGUGCGUCCGUUCGUUCGUCCGAUCGUUCGUUUGUCUGUCUGUCCGGCUUCAGGUUAAAGUUUUUGGUUGAAGUCUUUGGUCAAGGUAGUUUUUGAUGAAGUUGAAGGCUAAUCAAUUUGAAACUUAGUACACAUGUUCCCGAUGAUAUGAUCUUUUUUAUUUUAAUGCCAUAUUAGAGUUUGAACCCCAAUUUCACGGUCCACUGAACAUAGAAAAUGAUAGUGCGAGUGGGUCAUCCCUGUACUAUGGAUUCAUUGUUUGUUUAUUGUUUGGUGUAGUUUGUUUUACUUUUAAAACUACAAAUUUAUCUUUCUUUUAGUAAUUGUAUAAUUUGUUCCGUUGAAAAAUUCUUUUACUGUGAAUAUUGUAUAACUUGUUCAGCACAUUUUGGGAAAAAAGAGAAGAAGAUGAAAAAAUGCAGUUUUGCCAGCUUUUUUUAAAGUAAAAUUUGUUUGUCAGAGUAUAAGAAAAUUGAGACUAAAUAUUAUCAAUAUUUUUGAUGGAGGAAAGCAGGUUUUUCCCUGAAAAUAUUGCAAAAGACGACACAUGACUUUCACCAGAGUUUCACUGGUUGUUUCAA